AUGAUUACACUUGUUGCGCUACAAGAACUAAUUCCUCUCCAAGACCCGUCAGAAGGUUGGAAGGCGAACUACGGAUUCUGGAUUCGAAUUGUCAUUUUGGCUUUCGUCGUUGGUCAUACAGUCAUGGGGCAAGCGAAAGUUAUGAUCGAUGGCGUUGUGAUCUCUACAGCGCGACAGAUACUACUGUCAGCGUGUGCAGCAGUAAUGUUUUUCUUUGGUGCAGUAGCAAUAACUGCUCUAGUCAUCUUCCCAGUACCCUUCUGUGUGUUGACAAUGGCUCCAGUAUUUUACACGUUUCUCAUCAUCGCUGUUCGACUCAUCGUCGGCCGCCACGUUCUACACGAGAUGAUAGUACACUCGGAUCAGUUGAUCCGAUUUAUUUGCUUCGUGUGUGCCCAGGUCUCACUGGCUUGUAUUUAUCCCUCUUACGAAUCUCUGUUUCGCAUUGUGCAAGGCACUCAGUAUCAAAUGUUAGUGAUUAUCCUCCUACCGAUGAUUAAAGUUGCAGUGAAAAACAUGCUACUGAGAUGCACAGCGCAUAUGGAAGACAUGGUUCCGGAGGCAGUCAUCUUCACGGUGGACUUUUUCAACACUCUCUAUGUUGCCACGUGCAUGCAGAGUGCGUCGUCAGUGGUUGCUGUCAUUGCCAUCAUGGUGACCGAUCUACUACAGACAUGUGUAAUGCUUUAUGGCUUACAUCGACGCAUUGCAAUGAUUCGGCCUAAACUCCAGGAGAUUACCAACAUUCCAAGCGACAGGAAUUGUGUAUUGACAAUGGUUUCUGCCUUGUGCAAAGAUGCCGACAAAUUCUCGAGGCAAAUUCGUCAUGGUAUCCGAAUCCGCUCGUGUCUUCUGCAUUGUUCAGCCGAGACGAAUAAAAUUCAUCUGCAAUUCCUCAGGAAGAAUUUUGCAGAAAGCCAUCGCGUUGUGGAAUCAGACAAUGCGACAGGCCUUGUACUGGAUAGAGCAGGAUCUCGUACCAAUACGUGUAAUCUCCGCCUGCUGUGUACGCGAAAUCGAAGAGAUAGCAUCAUGCCGAUCUUGCCUUCUGCAAGGGGUCCAACGUCAGAAAACACAAUAACUCACCAAGAUUCACAAACCAAACGAUCCACAAUUCUUAUCGAGACGUUAGAGGUGCUCUUCACAACCGAAUGUAUCGUCGUUGCUGCAUACUUGGAGGCGUUUGUGCCGUUGUUUUACUGCAACUAUAUGUUUCUAAUGGUGCACCUUCCGAGCGCCCAAUAUCACACGGAGAUGGCUGGAGUUACCCACGACAACGUUGGCUCAACUGUGCGCCCGGUGUGGAUAUUUGGGCUUUUGCAGGUGGUAUCGUUCGUGUUUCUCGUUGUGCUCAUCAAGCGGAAUCUGGGAAUGCAGGCUUUGUACCAGCUUGGAUUUGUAUUGGAGACGCAGAUGGCUUUAGUCCAGGGUAAACUGAUUAUGUGGAUGGUAGUGACGUUUUGCUUUCGAGUGGUACAUUUUGGAAUGGAUUUCACCUACAAGUUUGAUUGGAUUAAGUGA